AUGGGGGUGAAUGUACACAAAGACGAGGAGAGAGAAAGCAACCGUGAAGAAAAAGCAACUCUCAAACAGAGGAAAGAGAAGAACCUGAAUGGAGAUAAGGAAGCGCAAGAAGAUGUAAUGUGCCACACCCUCACGCCCCGCCCCAGGGAGCAGAGACACGGUGAGGGCACUGACUGCAACACGACACAGACAGCUUCAAGACCCUUCACGCUGGUGCCACAUGCCCCCAGUAAACCCGCCGCCACCACCACCACUACCACUACCACCAUCACUACUAUCACUACAACCAACACCAUUACCACCAUCGUCAUUAUCUCCACUACUAACACCAUCACCAUUACCACUACCAUCACCGCCCACAGGCACUAA